GGGAUGUUUGUCUUUCAUAGGUUUUCUCUCAUUCGCAUUACACCAUGUGGGUAAGAAACUUGGUGUUGCUGGUUCUUCUGGCCACAGUGGCCUCAGCUGCCACCUCUGCAUCAGCAGACAAAGUCCUGAGUAACCACGCCACCAUCCUGGCUGACAACAGUGCCAACUUGGCAUUCAGUCUCUACCAAAACAUGGCAAAGGAGAAAGACGUCGAGAACAUCCUCAUUUCCCCUGUAGUAGUGGCCUCGUCUCUGGGUCUGGUGGCUCUUGGGGGAAAGGCCUCCACUGCCUCUCAGGUCAAAACCAUUCUGAAUGCAGCUAAAGUCAAAGAUGAGCAGCUGCACUCUGGUCUAGCUGAGCUCCUGACCGAAGUGAGCGACCCAAAGACCCGCAACGUCACCUGGAAGAUUAGCAACCGCCUGUAUGGACCCAGCACUGUCACUUUUGUGGAUGAUUUUGUAAAGAGCAGCAAAAAGCACUAUAAGUGUGACCACUCCAAGAUAAAUUUCAGAGAUAAAAAGAGUGCUGUAAACUCGAUUAACGAGUGGGCGGCCAAGUCCACUGACGGCAAACUGCCUGAGGUCACCAAGGAUGUAGAAAAGACUGACGGGGCAAUGAUCGUCAAUGCCAUGUUUUUCAAACCUCACUGGGAUGAGCAGUUCCAUCAUAAGAUGGUGGACAGCCGUGGAUUCAUGGUUUCCCGUGGCUACACUGUUUCAGUGGAAAUGAUGCACCGGACAGGCCUUUAUGGCUACCUUGAUGACAAAUCCAAUAAGCUGUCCAUUCUGAGCAUGCCCCUGGCUCAUAAGAAGUCCACUGUGGUGUUCAUCAUGCCUCAUCAUGUGGAAACUCUGGAGAGACUGGAGAAGAUGUUGACCAAGAAGCAGCUGGAUACAUGGAUGGGCAAACUGCAGGAGACUGCUGUGGCUGUGUCUCUGCCCAAAGUCAGCAUGGAAGUCAGUCACAACCUGCAGAAACACCUCCAGGAGCUGGGCCUGACCGAGGCUGUGGACAAAGCCAAAGCUGACCUGUCCAACAUCUCUGGGAAGAAAGACCUUUACCUGUCCAGUGUGUUCCAUGCCUCUGCCAUGGAAUGGAGCACUGAAGGAAAUGAAAUGAAUACCAGCAUCUUUGCCACAGAUAAGCUGAAGAACCCCAGACUGUUCUACGCUGACCAUCCUUUCAUCUUCCUGGUGAAGGACCAGAAGACAAAUUCCAUCCUGUUCAUUGGCAGGAUGGUCAGGCCAAAGGGUGAAAAGAUGAGAGAUGAAUUGUAACCACACGCUGACCCCAACGUCUAAAUUAAAUGUCUGACCGUGUGUGUGAGCGUAGAUUUUCUAAUGCAAUAUGCUGAGAAAAAUUGGAAAUGAAAUGUAGAUUGAUGCAGCAGAAGUGCCAUUCCUUUAUUCACAUGUCCACAACAUUCCACAGCACCCGACUUAGAAGAUGUAUUGAAACAUUUCACGGCGUGUUUUAAGGAGCAAAGUAUAGUGCACAGUUUUAACUUUGAAAGGAUAUUAGAUAUCACUGUGUUAUGGUGACAGAUGACAUUGCAGAAUGAAGACUUACAUUAAGUGUUAUUUUCAACUGAUGCCUUGAAUAUUAAUGCAAUGUUUAUUUCAUUAGUGUAGCAUUGUCAUUAGUAUUUCUGCACAUGGAAAAUGGGUUCUUUUGUCAUGAAGUCUUAACAAUCUUUGUAAAAGGUGGACAAUAUUCUUAUUUCAGGAGGGAUUUUAUCUUACAAAAUACACCCCAGAAUCUUUAUGUUUUUGUGGCCAUCCUUUGCACUGCCACAGGCUACAAUGCUGUUUUCAUUUGCCCUAAAUGCACUGGUCCACACUGGCUAAGAAAUACAAUCAGGGCUAAUGUAAUAACGUGUAUAACAAUGUAGGCACACAUGUUUGACAUUAGAAAAUAUGAAUGGACUGUUACAAAUGUCCUGUUUUUGCAAUAAAAGUGAUAAAACAAC